UUAUAUUCUAGUGAUUAGUGCUCUGAAAAAGAAAUGAAUAGUCUUGGUUUGUAGUCUUAUCAAGAGUAAAUGGACUCCGAAAGGAAAAGUGAAGAAAGUAGAUGUGAUUCUUUGCUUGAUUAUUUCAAAAGAAGGAAUGUGAAACACGAUGAAAACCACUGAUCAUACUUGGUGUGUAGAAUUUAUAUAUUGCUGUAUGAGGGAGAAUUAAUUGAACACAUAAACGACUUGCUCACGCAUUCAAUCACAGACAAAGGCAGAGAGACAUGGGUUUCGAUGAGUAUCGUAAGUUUAAAGGCUUAUAUGAAAGUAUGCGGAAGGGUAAGAAGACAGAAGUGAUACAUCAAUAUGCAAUGAUGUCCGAGGAACCAUCAAGCAGCAUGACUGUCUGUGAAGAUACAGUCCUUCAUAUGGCGAUCAAUAUGAGGCAGGAAAGCAUUGCCAGAGAAAUCUUGAAGCAUCACAUCAAAGAUCGUAGAACAUUGAUUCGGGAGAAUGUGUUUGGAGACACCAUACUCCACGAAGCUGCUUCCACCAACAUGACAACACUAGUAAAGGAAUUGCUGGAGAAGGAACCGCUAUUACUAUCCAUGCCUAAUAAGUACGAUGAAAUGCCUUUGUUUAAAGCAGCCCAAUUUGGUCACACUGAAAUGUUCAAGCUUCUUGCUGGUGAAGUGGGGAAUGAAGGUCCAGAGAAAGUUAAACAUCAUCUGUCUAGGAGCGACAAAACUACCAUCCUUCACAUGACUAUCCUUGCCGAGUUCUUUGAUCUCGCAUAUGUGAUAGCUAAAAAGUACCCGGGAUUGGUUGCUGCAGAAGACGGAAAGGGGAAGAUAGCGCUUCAGCUGCUCUCAAGUAAUCCAUCUGCAUUCAAGAGUGGGAGCAGCUAUGGUUUCCUGAAGAGUUUCAUUAAUUAUUGUGUUCCCGAUGAUGAUGCGGAGAGGAACGACAGCAGUGGCGAAGAAGACAGAUACAAAGGUAUGUUAGAUGUGGACCAAGAAGAUGAGGAUGGUGAUAAAUCAAGAGACUCCAAGCUCCCCAAAAUGCUUAAAGUUUUAGUCGACAUCUUCUUUAUGAUAAUACAAAAAAUUUCUUCAGUUCUAAGGAAGAUGAAUCAAUCACUUUGGAGCCUUUUUCGUAAAGGUUGGCCAGUGAUGGAAAAUAUCAGGAAAGAGAAGAGAAAACAUGAAUCUGCUUUAAGGCUUGCCAAACUAUUGAUUGCAGACGACACUUCAUGGGAACAUAUCAGCACCGAAGAAGACAUAGGAAAGAUAAGCGUUGUGAACCCUGCAGCAAAAGAAGAAGGAGGAGGAGGAGGAGAAAUUAGAGGAGAGAAUAAAAAACAAGGACGCAGAAAAACAGAAGGAAAGCAAGGAAAUUUAGGAGCCUGUGUGACUACUGCACAAACACCGGAAACAUCAAAAGCAAACAAUUUUUUAGAUGGUGAAGCUGGCUCGACACCAACCCCAACCUCAUUAGCACAAGCCCCAGAUAUAUCAAAAGCAAACAAUUUAGACGGUGAAGCUGGCUCGGCACCAACUCCUACAUCAUUGCCACAAGCCCCGGGUAAAUCAAAAGCAAACAAUUUAGACGGUGAAGCUGACACCUCAUUGCUAUUAGCAACUAGCAAUGGAAUAGUAGAGAUUGUUGAAGAGAUACUUGAUGUAUAUCCUCAAGCAGUUGAACAUGUUAGUCGUAAGGGGCAGAACAUAAUGCAUGUGGCUAUUAAGAACCGUCAAAAAGAGAUAUUUAACAUGGUCAAGAAGAUGGAAAUACCAAUGACCAGGUUGGUUCGACGGAUCGACGAAAAUGGCUACACCUUGUUGCACCAUGUUGCUGUCAUGCAGUACUACAGUGGAGGAACCAUGCCUGGUCCUGCACUCCAGCUACAAGAGGAACUGCAUUGGUUUGAUCGUGUGCAGAAGAUAAUUCCUCCCCAUUAUGAAAUGCAUCGCAGCCGCUACAAGGAUGAGACUGCCGAAGAAUUCUUCAAUAGAACACACACUAAACUCCUCAAGGAAGCUCAGGAGUGGCUAAAGAGGACAUCAGAAUCAUGUUCUACUGUUGCUGUUCUCAUUGCCACAGUUGCCUUUGCUGCUGCCUACACUGUACCCGGAGGAUCCAAUCAAGACACCGGUCUUCCCGUUCUCCUGCAUGAUCCUAUUUUCUUGGUUUUCACUGUCAUGGAUGUUCUAUCUUUGGCAAGCUCCUUGACUUCUGUUGUAAUGUUCCUGUCAAUCCUCACUUCCCCAUUCCAGCUUCAGGAUUUCAGCCAGUCUCUCCCUCGAAAACUGACACUCGGUUUCUCUUUCCUCUUCUUCUCGGUCGCAGUGAUGAUGCUUACAUUCACCGCGACCAUUUUGCUCAUUGUUCAUUUGAAGAAACGUUGGACUACGCUUCUCAUUUACACCGUUGCAUUCCUUCCGGUCAGCAUAUUUGCUGUCUUGCAGGUCCCUUUGUAUUUGACAUUUAUGAAUACAUUGAAGACCUCAAUCAAUCUCAUCAGGGUUCCUAUUAACUCCGUCCGUAGUUUGGUUAGGGCCACUCUGUCCUCCAUUUGCAAGCGGCGUUGAGAUGAAUUAUAAGCAGUCUUCCUACUCUUUUCUAUCAUUACCGCUCCCCUGUCUCUUAACCUCCAUUAAAAUAACCUUCCAAGGUGUUUGUUAUCUGUUUUGAGCUAUCAAGCUUUAUUAAUAGAGUAUCUGCUCUCUCUGACCGCAAGAAAGUAUAAAUCCUUUCCAAUGGCCACUAUCUCUCAAUUGAAUUAAUAUACAUGCAACGAUCUCAGAAAAAAACAGCAAUUCACCUCUUCAAGACCCUCAAUUAUGCAGCUAAGAGCUGAUACUUAGUUUUCAUUUGUUUUUCAUAUAAGCUGAUAGAAACCGGGGGACUCACUACCAUUGUGGCCCUUUGAUUUUGCUUUCCAUCUAUUUGAUUGCGAAGGAAUAAUAAGAACUUGGAGAAAUUAAUUUAA